CUCUGGUUUCCAAUCACAGUCAAAAGACUAUUUUAAGUUAAUUAGUGAUUCCAAACUCAUUGUUAGUAUUAGAAAGUUCAGACAGGGUAUCUGUGUUACCCCUGUGGUGUCCUUCUUACCUCUCCAGGAUGUCCUCUGUGCUGUUCGACAGAUAAGCUCCAGAUGACUACAAGAAUGAAAUGACUAAGCAGCUACGGAGAAUGAAUGAACUGACCUUCCAUUGGUUUCCUUUUUAACAAGUGCACUUAAGCUGGACUCCCURCCAGAGAAGAAACAGCAGGAGAUCCAGAAAGCUCUUCAUCUCUUCUCYAUGGGCCAGGGUUUGCCAAAGACCCUGCAAGAUGCCAAAAAACAUACCUACCACUUCUGGGACACGCAACCUGUCCCCAAACUGGGUGACAACAUCACAACUCACGGCCCAAUAGCAGAGGUUGAAACCAGUGCUCGAAAAGAGCCCUACACCCUCCCUCAGGGUUUCACCUGGGAUACGCUUGACCUGAGCAGCCCCUCGGUGUUGAGAGAGCUGUGUACUUUCCUAAAUGAGAACUACAUGGAAGAAGAUGACAACACCGUCAGAUUUGACUUCUCUCUGGAGUAUCUUCAAUGGGCUUUACAGCCUCCAAACCGGCAGCCCCAGUGGCACUUGGGUGUGAGAGUAGAGGGCAAUAAGAAGUUGGUCAGCUUCAUUGCCGCCGUUCCUGCCGAGGUUUGCAUUUAUGAGACGAAGAAGCAGUUGGUGCAAGUCAAAUUCCUUUGUGUCCAUAAGAAGCUUCGCCUCAAACGCAUGACUCCGGUUCUGAUCCGGGAGCUCACCAGGCGGGUCAACCGGCAGGGUUUCCACCAGGCUAUGUACACAGCUGAGACGGUGCUGCCCACACCACUGAGCUCCUGCAGUUUGUGGCAUCGCCCCUUGAAUCCUCGCAAGCUAAUAGAGGUCAACUUCCCGGGUCUGAGACAGACCAUGAAUCUUCAGCGAGCCCUCAAGUUCAACCGUUUGCCCGAGGUUACAAAGGUGCAAGGACUGCGCCCUAUGAUCAAAGAAGAUGCUCCAGGGAUCCUCUCACUACUUCAGAAAGACCUCAGCAAGUUUCACCUCAGCCCCCUCUUAUCUCUGCAGGAAGUAGAGCACUGGUUCGUGCCGAGGGAGRAUGGGAACGACACCUACGUGGUGGAGCGAGACGGCAGCGUUCUGACAGACGUGGUGAGCUUCUACAGCGUCUCCUUCAGAGUGCUGAACCAUCCGGUCCACACGAGCRUCAGAGCAGCUUACCUGUUCUACAUCGCCUCUACUGCAACAGAGCUGGCUGACCUCAUGGAGGACGCAUUGGUCCUCGCUAAAUCUAAAGGCUGUGAUGUUUUCUGUGCACUGGACGUGAUGAACAACACGAGUUUUCUGGAGAAGCUCAAGUUCACUAUCAGUGACAAGAGAGUUCAUUACUACUUGUACAACUGGAUGUGUCCCCUCAUGAGCCCCGACAAGGUCGGCCUGGUGUUACCCAAUUAACCUGAAGUAAAGAAAAUGGGAUUCAAACAGUUUUCAAUGUUGAAUUACAUGUAUUCUUUAUGAAAGAAUGAAUACAAAAUACAAAAACACAAAUCUGAAAUAAUUUUUUUGUUAUUUCUGAAAUGAAAAAUAAACAGAUUCAAACAAUUC